AUCGUGUACUUCCUGUCGACGAAAACGUGUAGUUGUGAAAAGUUCAGGUCGAUGACAAAUGAAUGAUGCGCGUUCAAAAAUGGUCUGACAACACAUGUCCGGAAUUUUGUGAGAGUUCCUUAAUUUUUAGCGAACUUUCGACAAAUUCAUCACAAAAUGCCCUUUCAGACGUUGCUAUCUAGUUUAACCAUUUAUUAUCUAAGUUUCGCGUUGUCUUUGGAUUACUCCGCUACUUUGGUGUCGAUCGAAGAAUACUGGCUGACGCUUGACGGUGAAACUACUGCCUACGGUAUUGUUUUCGGGUCUUACGCGUUGGCUCAGAUUAUUAGUUCGCCCAUAUUCGGUUAUCUAGCCGACAGGCGAGGAACAAAGUUUGCUCUCUGUGUAUCUAUUGUCAUAAAUGCUUGUGGGAAUGCAUUAUAUGGUCUAGCGUACGUUUUGAAUUCAAAGCACGUUGUAUUAUGGGGACGAUUUGUUUCGGGUUUCGGUGCUGGCAGUUUGAUUCUUGGCAUAGUUCAUAUUACCAACACUGCAUCAAGAGAGGAUCGAGGUUGGAUUGUUGCUAAUUAUAGGAUUGCGCAAUCAUUGGCCUACUUAGGAGGUCCAUUUCUUGGUAUUGCUUUUAUCCCAUUGCAUUUACCUGAUGGUAUUGAUAAUAAUGGAACAACUAGCACUAAAGAGAAAAUACUUAACUUUUACACUACACCAGCUUGGGUAACCAUGUUGAAUGACUUACUUGUUAUGUUGCCAAUGGUGUUGGUUCUGUUUAAAAAUCCAUUUGCACCGCAUGCUGCUAUGCGUUUUUACUACAAAGAUGCAAAAGCUCUUAUCUUCCACACUGCAAUGAUCGGUUUAAUAUUGUUUAUUGGUAACCUAUGUCUUUGGGGCAUAAUUAGUAAGCUAUUUUCAUUUGCAUUUGGUCAGUAUCACAUUAUUACCAAGCAGUCAGAUCUUUGGAAGGUUUACAUAGCUGCUGGUAUUGCAUUCUUUGCAGGCAGUCUUGCUCUUCGUUAUUUGAUUAAAUCUAGACUUAGUGCAGUCGCCUUGGGUGUGAUUGGACUUGCUACAAAUUUAAUGGGGUUUUUGUUUCUUUUGGAUUUCAAUAUGAAACAGCUUGACAGCACAAUUUUCUUUUAUUUGGGUUCUGUGCUUACAAUGUUUGGUGGCAUUUGGUUUCUCACUGGAACAAUUGUCUACUAUUCUCAAAAGAUGACAGAUUUGAGCAAUCAAGCUAGAAAUCGAAGAGGAUUUUUGAUGGGAAUGUUAAACAUUGCAGAUGCCUUUGGACGUUUUAUUGGUCCAACCGUCCUCACACCAAUAAUGAAAAUCCAAUCAAGUAAUCAGCUUAGCUGUCGACCUAUCAAAUGGAACCCUGAAAACUGUAUUCUAUCAAAUGUGAAUGUUGCCAUUCCUAUUAGCAUGGUUUUGGUGUUUGUGAACAUUGUGUUAUUACAAUAUUAUCAUUGGAAAUACGGAAGGACUGAUUUUGAAGCAACUGGCUCACUCGUUAGCCAUGCAACAUUGUCUGUACAAAGUCAAUCACAGAUGCAGUUAGAAGAAGUUGGUAAUCUUGAAUUGUUGGAUGAUGAUGUUUUUGUUGACAAUAUUUCUUUGCAUGAUCAACAAUUUAUUUGAUAUUUUAUAAAGAAUGGUGGGCUGUAUUCUCUCAAAUUCAUAUUGAAUACCAGUGAAAUGGUUACUAUGGCAAAUUUAUUCUGCAAUAAGUCCUAUUACCGUUGAGUGAGGAAGUAGGUUUUGCCAUUGUGUUGAGUGAAGAGUUUUGUUUGGUCAUCUAGGCAAAACAAUUUUUCUUUUGAGAUAUUAUGUGGUCAGCAUUGUAUCCAAUUCGUUUGAUUUGAUGUCUUCUAUUGAAAUUAAAGUUGUGAUUUUACCUAUA